AUGUCUCGGCUCCAUUAUGAUGACCUGCUGAGACAGGCUGAAGAGCAACACGCGCGUUAUCUUCGCACUCUUCGUGAACUCUUCGAUAGCACAUCGGGCUCAGCCACUGAGGAGCGGAAUAUGGCAGCAUAUACGCCACCCCUGAGGCCGUUGCAGGUAAAUGCGCCGUUGUCAGUAGCUUCGACGUUUGCGGGCGACCUCACGCCGCUUGCUGGAGGCAGUUCCCGUCGCCCGCGCCGUCUUACCAACGAAACUGGCGAAAGGAGGCCAUUCGGACUGAAGCACACACCUGCCUCACUCCAGAAUUACGACAUGGACAGCAGCGACGAAGACGAAUUCCAUCCGCUUCCCCCAUCACAAGUGACAACCGGGUUACCUCCCGAUGAUUUGAUUUGCGUACAGCAGCCCCUGCGACAGACUAUCUUCGAUGAGCGUGACUUGCUAGUUCAUCUCCAGAGUGCGGAGCGCAGCGAGGGGGUGAAAAUAGCUUUGGAUGAUGUUUAUGAAAGACGUGAGGAACUCACAAUGCCUACCAUGUUCCAAGUCUUCAAUGAUCGGCAUGAUAAGUUGUACGAUAGUGCCACCUACGAGGUCUACGAAGUUGGGAAAGACGGUGCGGCAGAACGAAAACAUGAUGUUGAAGACAAUGAUACUGAUCUUAUAUUGGAUGCUAGAACAGUAUGGGACACUGUCAAGCACGUCAACUUUACUGGAACUGCGAUGGGAAGAAUGACCUCGCUAUUUGACCCUUCCCCGUUGAUGCUCGGGACAUUACAUAUGACGAUGGGCGGUCAUUUCGAUAUGGAUGAAAUCUUCCAACAUCUGGUGACGAUGGAAGGGAACAAAGGCAAGACAAGAGCAUACAUGAACCGAGCUUUCGAACAGAAUGAGUUGCGGCAGCGCAGUUUCUUCUUCGUCUUCAAGUACUAUACCGUAGUCGGAGAGAAGUGUACUCCGGCGCCAUGGCAGAAAUAUGACCACAGGCCGGCGGAUACGCGUGCCGCUGAUCACAUCGAUAUUUGUGAAUGUAGCUCUGUCCUCGCCUUGUCGCUCUCUGGAGAACCAGUCCGCACUCUUGAGCGCAGGAGGAGGAGGAGGGCCAAGGCCGAAGUUGGAAAUAUAUACAGCACAUUUGCGCCAUGGCAGCUGCUCAAUAUCCAAUGCGUCGCGGACGACGAGCACGUAAUGCGGAAUGAGGAUUCCCGAAAGGUCUUUUACAACGGACCGUAUGCCUUCCUCGACAGUUUGGCCAUGGAGUAUCGAGACGCCGUUAAGAGAAACAUCGCACUAAACGACCUCAUCUCAAAGCUCAUUACACCUCCUGUCACGUUUAUGUUUGAUGUCCGCCUUCGUGACAAAUUGCUAUUCGAAGAUAAGCACUUCACAUACUCGCGACGAUACUUCUGGGCGUACAACACCCUAGCAGUGAUCAAUGACGGCAUCAAGUCGAUGAUCAACGCCUACACGGAGACAUUCACGAAGGACUUCUGGGCGGGCCGGCACCCGACACUCUUCCCGCACCCGGACGCGGCGCAGGGGUCCCCCGAGUUCCAGCUGUACGUGGCCAAGCUGCGACCGCUGCGGCAGGAGCUCGAGGCGGCCGUGGCCAUGCUGCACCAGGUGUACGAGAUGAACGAGGGCACGCGGCAGGAGAUCCGGAGCCUGCGGGACCAGCUGUUCAGCGGGAGCAGCGUCAAGGAGAGCCGGCGGGCCAUCGAGCAGGGCGACAACAUCAAGAUCCUGACCAGCCUCAGCAUCAUCUUCCUGCCGCUGACGUUCGUCACCAGCGUCUGGAGCAUGACGGGCUUCCCCCUCGACGUCGACGACUGGCAGUUCCCCGCCACCAUGGUCUGCGCCGGCGUGCCCUUCCUGUUCUUCGUCUGCGUCGUCCAGACCCGCACCGGCAUGGAGGCCCUCACCCGCACCAUCGAGCGCGCCGACGAGUGGUUCAAGGACCUUGCCGCGCGCUGGGCCCGGCGCAAGGAGCAGAUCGCCGCGCCGGCUCCCGCCGGUGCUAAGCUCCGGGAGCCGAGACUGGGCAGGAGGAGGCGGCGGUUCUCGAGGCGCGAGGAUGCCGAGAGUAAAGCUGGGGAUGAGCUCGCUGUAGAUUAUGUCGCACGGAGAGGUUGGUGGCAGUGGUGGAGGAGAGCAGCAAGAUUGGGCGAUAGGGCAGUGUAA